AUGGGCCAACCAUCAACGUACAGCGGGAUAAUACCCAUUGGCAAAGGAAUUUACCUGAGCAAGCCAAAGAGCGAUGUCGACGUCGAGUCCAAGGUUGCAGCACCUACUGUGAUAUUGCUCUUUGGAUGGAUGGGCGCUCGGCUGCCCCAUCUCCUCAAAUACAUCAAGGUCUACGACGAACUAUAUCCCCAAGCCACGAAGAUCGUAAUCCGGUCAGAGGCGUCGUUCUUCUGGACCAUAAAGAGGAGAAAGAGUGCCUAUCUGGCACCAGUUGUCGAGGCGCUCGAAGCGCUGGGAUGUCUCCCACCACUCAAGAGCUCAUCGGUGCUUGUUCGAAAAGCUGCGAUAGACUCCGCGCUCCCUCCACCAAAGCCACGCGUGUUGGUGCACACAUUUUCCAACGGCGGCUCCUGGCAACUCGCCACCCUCUCCGACAUACUCGCCGACCGUGCCAGCUCUUAUACCCACGCGCCCCUCCCCGCCAGCGCGCUCAUCUUCGACUCCUGCCCAGGCCGUGCCUUCACCGGUGCCAUCCGGAACCCCCUUGUCGCCGCCACCGCGCGCACGCUCAUCUGGCUCGUCUACCUCUACCUCUCCUUCCGCCAGCUCUUCCUGCGCGGCCCGUCCACGAUCGAUAACAUGAAAGCGCGCCUGAACAAGGAAAAGUUGUUGCCGUGGUUUGGGAGGAGGACGAGGAGGCUGUAUGUGUAUUCGACAGGCGAUGAGAUCAUCCCGGCGAAAGAGGUGGAUCGGCAUGCGGAGAAGGCGAGGGAGGCGGGGUUGAUGGUGACCCAGGUGAGGUUUAAGGACUCGCCGCAUGUUGCGCAUGCGAAGGUACACCCGGAGGAGUAUUGGGGUGCCGUAAGAAAGAUGUGGGAGGAGGCAGUCGAGGAGGCAGAACUAGACACGGGGGUCAGUGGACAAGUGAAAGGAUAG